AUGGCCGUAGUAUGCGCAGUACGUUCAGUGAGCUGCAGAGGUUUGGAUGAAGCGAGGGAGGCAGUGCCGCGUGCAGCUGUUGGCUCAGUCUGGGAGACGACGGCUUCAGAUGGCAGCUGCAGAUUACAGCUGGGCUACCCGGGCGCGGCCGGUGUAAGCUCGUGUGCGGCGCGGUCGGCGAGCUGCAGAGGCACGGGCACAGUGUGGGUGAGGCCAUUCUGUGCAGGUGUGGGUGCGGAGCAGAAGGCGGCAUUCUGGGAAGGCACAGUUGCGGUGUGGCAAGCGACGCCAGGCACAGUUGCAGGGUGGGGAAGUAAGCAGCGGCUGUGCAAGCGCAGUGCAGGUUCGUUAUCUGUACGUGCCUGUUCGCUGGGAACAUCGCUAACCGCCAAGUUCCCCGAACUUCUGUCAGUGAGUGAGCAGUCGCCGCUCUUCCAUACGAGGAAACAGUCACAGGGCAUGGCUGACAGCCACGAGUUUGUCCCGGCAACCGCCGAGCAGGUGGCGACCAUCCGGAGUAAGCUGGGGACCGACGAGGAAGACAUCCGCCAGGCCGUCGCGUCGCUGCGCGCCUGGCUCAGGGUGCAGCCCCAUCUGCCGGACCACAUAGAUGACGCGCGCAUCGAACGGACGUAUAUCGACUGCAAGUGCAGCAGAGAACGGGUUAAGCUGGCGUUGGACGCCUAUUUCUCACUGAGGAACAAGUUUCCUGAGAUACUGACGAACAGGGAUCCCAUGGGACCUGAGGUCUCGUACACCAAGCAGCAUCUCAAGCUGGUGACAAUGCCGCGACUCACGAAGGACUUGCAGCGAGUGCACAUAAUCGCAGGCGUCGACCCGGACCCGUCGGCGAUCUCGUGCGUCAAGUACGCGAAAGUGCUGAUGAUGCAGCUGGACAUGUUGUACUUGGAUGACUACUCCCUCGGCGACGUCGUCAUCUGCGACCUGACCGGCGUGACCGUCGGGCACCUCCUCAGGGUCGACAUCAACGUCGUCCGCGCUCUCGAAUUGUGCUACAAGACUGUCAAUCGCAGAAGGAUGAAGGAAAUACACGUGUUGAACGUGGACAAAAUAACUGACUUCUUCAUGAAAAUAGCUAAAACAGCAAUCUCUGAAAAAUUGCUGAAGAGGAUCCGUCUCCAUCUGCCAGGAUCGAACACGCUGUUUGACCACGUGCAACGGAAAGACGUCCCGGAUGAGCUGGGAGGAACAGCCGGCCCUAUUGAUACGUUUGCCUACGAGUUUAUCAGGAGAGCAGAGAAGCUGCGAGACUGGUUCCUGGAGCAGGACAAGUACACCUCGGAUGAGAGCAAGAGACCGGCAGACAACAACUAUGCUGACAGCGUCUUCGGCGUUGCGGGCUCCUUUCGAAAACUUACUGUAGACUGACGCCGCGGGCAUUUACUAGAGACUGCACAUUAUGUUACACUAAAUGGAGUAUCAAACUGUUACGUUUCCAGUUUGAGUAUUAGCAAUGAUAAGACGCCUUCAACCAUAUACAACACAGUACUCCACAUUUUAUAUACGGUGCACUCACGUUUACGAGCUUUUGCAGUAACUGCAGAAGUUAUCGUCACCUUGUUUCUUCUUAGAUUCCUACUUUAGUAUAGUGACUAAGAUUUUAAUCAGAGAAAUGUAAUGCUAGUAUCCAAGGGAAUAAAUCUGUUAGCUUAUUUUCACAAACAUUUGGCUGUAUGAGCAUCAGCAGAAACAAUUUAACUUAACGGUAAGGCUCUGAGCAUCGAUAUUAUUGAAAAGCAUUAUGUAGAGUUAAUUCUCACAACGGAAAUAAGCAGUGGUUGAAAGUUAUUGAAUGAUUUCAUGAGGGUAAAUCUUCUCCA